UAAGAACCCACCAAGAACCCAUCUGUCGUCCGUCCUCUCUCUCUCUCUCUCUGUCUCUCUCUCUCUAACUCCGAAAUCGCAGUUUUAGAGAGAGAAACCGCCAUUGACGGCAAACAAAGCUGGAUCCGGCGGAGAGAGAAGCGAUGGCGACGAAGAGAUUUGCGGUUCUUCUCUGCGCAGAAGAUUCGGAGUAUGUGAAGAAGAAGUACGGAGGAUAUUUCGGAGUGUUCGUCAAAAUGCUCGGGGAGGAAGGAGAGGCUUGGGAUCUCUUUCGAGUCGCCGCCGGCGAGUUUCCGGCCGAUGAUUCCCUCGCCGGCUACGACGGAUUCGUCAUUACCGGCAGCUGCAACGACGCCCACGGCGACGAUCCUUGGAUCUGCCGAUUGAUCAAUUUGUUGCGCACAUUGGCCUCCCUCAACAAGAGAAUCCUCGGUAUCUGCUUUGGCCACCAGAUAUUGGGACGUGCUUUGGGUGGAAAAACGGGCAGGGGUAAAUCUGGAUGGGACAUUGGGAUUACAACGAUACAUGUAUCAUCGUCUUCCAAGCUAUUCUCAUCUCUCAAAAUCCCAACCGCACUUUCCGUAAUCGAAUGCCAUCGUGAUGAGAUCUAUGAACUUCCUGCCAAGGCUGAAGUGAUCGGACGGUCAGAAAAGACCGGAAUCGAGAUGUUCAUGUAUGGAGAUCACAUUCUGGGAAUUCAAGGUCACCCAGAGUACACCAAAGACAUUCUUCUGCACUUGAUUGAUCGUCUUGCCCAACGAAAACUCAUCACGGAUGCGUAUGGUGAGGAUAUGAAGAGCAAGUUGGAGGAAGGUGAGGCAGAUAGAGAAGCGUGGAAGAGGCUUUGCAUCAACUUUCUCAAGGGGGGAUUGUGAUUUUUUGACAAAAUUAUGGAAAAUUCUCCUUUAUUCAAAUAUGUAAAUAUAAUGAACUUCAACCUGGAUUAUUUGGACCUUAUUUGAUAACGAAUUCUAUUUCGACUUUAGAAAA